UUUCAUGCAUAACCAAUUAUCCGUUACGGUUAUAUAAGAAAGAAAUGAGCAGAAUUUUGUGCAGUUUUAAGCUAUUUUAUGACUAGUGAUGUGGUCACAAGAGUCCGUGAUGUGCACCUUCUAUGCAGUCACUGUAGCUAAGUUUCCGAACACUUAUAAAGAAAACAUUGCAGUUAUAAUCAAUUCUCUUCGAUGAUUAUGAAAACAUUAAUCAUAGCACCUUGAUAAAGCUAAUCAGUAUGAAUUGUAUGUGAGCGAACAUUUUUCCAGUUCUAGUUUGGAUCUCGACACAAUCAUACACGGACACUUUGUGAUAGUAAAUUAAUUAUUUUUUAAUUACACAUUCGAUUGAAGAAGGUGCGUGCCUUUAGGUAUAGAUGUAACAUUUAUAAUUAAUAAAACGCGUGUGUUACAAUGUACUGAUUAUAUUUUAAGUGUUUUAUUUGUAAAUAUCUUGUGAAAUGGGUAAUACGAAAUCGAAGAAAGUUCAAAAAGAACCUGAUAAGUUUUUUGAACGGGAAAGAUGGAAGGAGCAGAAGAGAGAAGAAAAGAAGAAGAAAUACGCUAAUCCUGCAAAUAAACGGAUAGGUGUGAAGGAGCCGCCGUUGAAUCCUGCGUCUGUGUUAACUGCGCCUGCGCAGGUCCCGCCGCCAGCGCCGGCGCCCGCCAACGUCCGUUCCUAUGACGACGAGGCCAUAGACCGCAUGCGACAGCAGUUACACACCGACUCUGAUGCUUUUCUUCUAAACAAUAUUCUUAUGUGUGUUCAGUUCUUUGAGAACUACGAGAGGGAAGUUUAUCAUGUUAAGAACAACCCAAUUAACGAGCGAGAGCAUACAAUGGACGAGGAAAUGGUGCGUAGACAUAAACAUGUUUUCUUCGCGGAUCGCCUUCAAGAAUGCGUUCAAGAGCAUGUUAGUUACCAAAGAAGACGGGAUCACAGUGAACCUCUGAUAGCGCCCAGGCUUUUUAUUAUUUAUGAUAAUGUUGAAGCCAGCGAACCAGGGGACACUUCCGAUUACUGUGCUGUUCUAGACGCACCUUUUUAUAAGCUUCGCAUUGAAGAUUGCAAGGAAUCAGGAUUCGUUAAACUCAAGAAACUAGAGGUAUUAGAGAGUAGUCUCUCCAAAGAAAAUGAAGCGAUGCAACAACAGCAAAACCAUUCAGACACAUGCAGCAUUUACACGGAUUCGGAAAAAGAAUCAAACGAUUCUGAUGAUUCUCCUUACGUAAGUAAAGGCGAAAUAUUGUUACAAAAUAUAAAACUCAAGAUAAAUGAAGUACAAGGAGAUAGUUAUGAAACAAAAACGGAUAACUUGACCUUACAUAUGAAUGCACAGGAAAUAACUGGAAGGCGUCCCAGUGGACCAACGAAACAAGUUAGCCUACAAGUUCAAAAAAGUAACAUCUCAAACAUAGAUAUGAUUAGAAAAGGUACAUCAAAAUUACCAGAAGAUGCAAUUUACGAUGAGGACCAAGGUAUCAUUGAGGAUGUGGAAAAUAGGCCUAGAAAAUCAAUUUUAAAAAAUGGUAGAAGAGCAAGCGAAACAAUACAUGAUCUCAAAAGUAAAACUCGCUUUAGCGAAAGUCGAGCCGUGUCAGUAGAUAACGUAGGAGCCGAUGACACCGAGACUUCUGGCUACCGAUCUAAUUGUAGUAGUCGUCACAAUGAAUCUAGUGAAACGGAUUCAGAUUACGGUUAUUCGACAAUAACUGAAUCUACGACUCCUAAAAAGGUGGAACUAAGUUUGCAACCAAAAUUCACAACUUCUGGAGUUCUCCCCGAGGAAUGCUGGGUUUCAGUAGAUUUACGUACACUCGAUUGGAGUGACGACGAAGAUGAAGUGGCUACGAAUUCAUCCCGUCUGUCUUUAAGUAGAAAUUUGUUUGAAACUCAUCAUUAUCUUAGUUCGGUGAACUUUAUGAAUAACUUUGUAGAUAACUUUAUUGUCAGUUUAGGCUCAGGGCUGGGGUUCUCACAAGAAGCCAUUAAUAACGCUUUAACGCAAGGAGCUAGUAUAUAUUGCGAUGCGGCUAAAAAUGGUUCUAAGCUGAGUUACGAAGUGUUUCCAGCUCUACUAGCGGCUUGGCCAAACGCAGCAAAUCAGUGGAUCAUACGAGAAAGAAAAAUUAUUCAAAAUCCUAGGACAAAUUUCAGCUACCAAUGGCCAACUAAAUAUAUGGUUCGAAAAGCAAUAGGAUUCGGAUGUCUUCUUGUGCCGAUUGGCUUUAGGCCUAAAAGAGGUAUCAAUCCUGACCAAAAACUGCAAUGGAGAAUUACAUUUCCGGCAGCGGAACGUUACUUAGAAAGUUGCUUAGCUCAUUCUCACAUGCGGUGUUAUUUAUUUGCACUUGCCUUACAUAAAACUUUUAUGGAGAAUGAGACUUCUAAAAUAGGAAUAGAUGCAAGUCAUAUCAAAAACCACCUAUUUUGGCAAUGCGAAGACAAUUAUGCUAAAUGGCCUGAAGACCGACUGGGAGAGUCGUUGAGGUUAUUUUUACGCAGUUUUUAUGUUCAUUUCGGACAAUCCAGAUUUCCGAAUUAUUUUAUUGAAAACUGUAAUGAUUUUAAAAGUAUUCCAAAGCCUUUGUUGCUGAAGUCACAAAGAAAAUUAGCUGAUAUACUGGAAUCUCCCGUUAUGCAUAUGCUCAAUGCACUGGACAAGCUGAGAUAUAACAAAAAGGAGUUUUAUCCAACGUUUAACGUCCGCAGACUCUACGACAUAUUGACUUGCAAAAACCCUUUGCAUAUUUUAAAUCCAAAUAUACCUGAAACAAUUCCCCAUUACAAUGACAGUUCAGACAGCGAGGACGAUCAUAGCAACUUUUGGGACAAAGCUAAAGCGCACGAUAAACACUAUCAAUGGAAAAAGGAACGACAACGACAACUGAAAGAAAGGCGUAAGGCAAAUGUAAAUAACAAAAAGAGGAGUGGACAUAAAGAUGAACGAGAAAUAAACAAAAACAUAAUACUGCCAGCUAAAAUGCAGCCAGAACGUCGACGUCUAGUUUUGGAGUUCUUUAUUCCACAUUUCAUCGCAAUGGCGCGUUCCAGUGAGAAGUUCGAAGCGAUAAAACAAGCAGUAAUUUAUUUAGAACAAGCUCAAAGACUUUGUCGUUUGUUGUUGGAGGAACCCGCUGGAGAUGUCACGGCGAAUGAAUAUCUAGAUGUUAUUCGAGAAAAGUUAAUAGACUGUCAAAGAAAAUUAGCAAAACAGGUUGGCUAUAAGUUACCACCGCGAGUUGAGAGUUAUUCUGACCGAUCGAGUAAUUCACAUUUGAUUCGUAAACAUCGGCCUAAAUAUGAACACAUGAUCAAUCAAGAUUCACCGUGUGAUAGCCCUAGUAUUGCUCCAUUUACCUUUGUAGAUGUUCAUGUUGAAAAUGCGAAAAAUAAGGAUUUCAAGAAAUUAAAGGUCGCUGUAGAUCCGGAAGAGUCUAAGUUAUGAUUGUAAUUACAUAUUCUUAUUAUUUAAUGU